GGCAAAGGAGCGAAGAGGAAGAGGACACAAGCUGCCAGUUAUGGAAGAUGUAAGGGAUAGUACAUUGAAAGGAUGUUGCUCCAAAAAUAUACUGACCAUCCUUGGCUUCUUCUUUAUUGGGACUCUGAUUGCUAUGAUCACCAUCGGUCUGACCCAGAACAAACCAUUAAUAGAAAAUCUCAAGUAUGGAAUCGUGCUGGAUGCUGGCUCUUCUCAUACAAGUUUGUACAUCUAUGCAUGGUCAGGAGAAAAGGAAAAUGACACAGGGGUGGUGACACAGGUAGAUGAAUGUACAGUACAAGGUCCUGGUAUCUCAAAGUACAUCUAUAGGAUAAAUGAGUUAAAAACUUACCUGACUGAAUGCAUGAACAAAGCCAGUAGCGUCAUUCCAUUGUCCAAGCAUGAAGAAACACCUGUUUACCUAGGAGCCACAGCAGGCAUGCGAUUGCUCAGGAAUGAAAAUCCACAGCUGGCAGACCUGGUCAUGACAGAGGUGUCAAACAGUCUCAACAGCUAUCCCUUUAACUUCCAGGGUGCUAGGAUCAUCACUGGCAAUGAGGAGGGUGCAUUUGGCUGGAUUACUAUCAACUAUCUGCUGGGCAAAUUCACUCAGAAAAUGGUUUGGUUUCCAUAUUAUGAAGAAGGUCAGGACAUCUAUGGUGCUUUAGACCUUGGAGGUGCCUCUACACAAAUCACUUUUGUGCCCUCAGGCUACAUUAAUGAGUCUACAUCUGAUAUUCUUUAUUUUUUACUCUAUGGCAAAGAAUAUAAUGUAUAUUCACACAGCUUCUUAUGCUAUGGGAAGGAUCAGGCUCUCCUGAAGAAACUGGCUAAGGACAUUAAGCAGGUUGAAAUCCAGGGCACUGGUAACUUUACAAGUUGCCAGCGAAGCAUCAAUGAACUCUUCAACACGAGUUAUUGUCCUUACUCCCACUGUGCCUUCAAUGGGAUUUUCAUGCCACAAAUCAAAGGAAAUUUUGGGGCAUUUUCAGGUUUUUACUAUGUGAUGGAGUUUUUAAAUAUCACAUCAGCAUCCUCUCUGAAAAAUGUUAUUAACAAAGUGGAAGCUUUCUGUUCUACACCUUGGAAAGAGAUAAAGGAAAAUUAUAGUCACGUGAAGGAGAAGUAUCUGAGUGAAUAUUGCUUUUCUGGCACCUACAUCCUCUCUCUUCUUCUGACCGGCUAUCAUUUCCCGGAUACAUCCUGGUCUUCUAUUCAUUUCAUGGGCAAGAUAUAUGAGAGCAAUGUUGGAUGGACCUUGGGCUACAUGUUGAACCUGACCAACUUGAUUCCAGCAGAGAAAAUACCAUCUGCACCUCUUUCUUAUAGCACUUAUGUCUUUCUUAUGGUCUUCUUCUCAUUGAUCCUGUUGGCAGUGAUCAUCACUGCUGUGCUUCUCUUUCACAAGCCUGAAUAUUUCUGUAAAGAUAUGGCAUAACAGGAGCACCUGAAAUCUGCUGGCUGGAUACAAAAAGAAACUUAUUCAGAAAACAGAUUCCUCUACAGUGACAUAUGAGUUCAUCCAUCAUUCCUCACCAAGACUAGGCUUGGCAUGCUUAUGAAACUUGCUGACUCCCUUUUGUGGGAUGUAGUCACCAUUUUCUGCCUCAAGACCAUCUGACAAAUGUCUCCAUCAGGAGUCCCAAUUUCUUUUUUCCUCACUUUUACUCUGUAUUUGUAUAGAGCUAAAGUCUGUCACCUUUCAAAUUUGCUUUAUAAAAAAGAAUUGAGAGUCCUGAUUACUGAGUGUGCUAGGAAGUUAUUCUG